AUGCCUGGUGCAGAGUCAUCUGCCGAAGCUCACGGCAUUGGCACAGUCGUACUGCCCACAAGAAUCUAUCGCCAAGGCAAAUCACACAAAGCUAGCCGUGAGAUCACUCUACACCACGUCCUCUACGCCCCUGGCCACAACGUCAACAUCUUUGCUACAAGCGUGGAGCCAGAUCUUGUCGUUCCAUUCAGCCGUGAUGUAAAGCCUAUUGUCAAAAGCGGUACCGACAAAGUCCUUGGUCUGGUUGUCUUCAAGACAUUGUGGAGGCUGUGGCUGAAGGGUCAGUCGCAAGAUCAGAGUAGUCUGGGCCCGAACGGAAUGUACUACAUCCAUGCUUCUUGGCCGAAAGAGGAGAUCAGAAAGUUCAACAAGUUCCUCGCACAGCUCAAGGCUGAGCAUCCAAGCAAGUCUGAUCACGCCCCACCACUUACGACGGAGGAGAAAGAGUUCUUGANNAAAAAGCAUUAUGGCAAUGAAUUCAAGUUCCUUCUGUCAUACGAACUUUCCACCUACAAGGAAAAUCAUCGUGAGGAAGGUCGACGCAUCCUUAGAUCAAUCAUGUCAGACUUUGAAUCUGAAGCCGAUAUCUCCGAAGACUCUGAAGAUGAUGACCAAUCCGACGAAAGCAACGACUCCCUCGCCGACCUUGAACAGGACCCUACUUCCCACGUCGCCGAUUACAAGUUCAGUGCUGACCAACUCGACUUCGUCAAGGCCCAUUACGGUCACUCCGGACACUUCAUGCGCUGCUACGGCCUCAAGCCUUGGGAUGAUGAUGAUUGUGAUGAAGCAGUCAGCAUCGUCAAAGCCUUCAUGAGCGACCCUGAAGACGAGACCUGA